CUUCUCUUUUCAAGGUUAAGAAGAUCACUUAGCGCAUAAACAUAAAGGAGAACGCUUCAAAGCUCGACGAGUCUCUCGCUUAUAGAUAUUUAUGAAGAACCUGUUCCAGUAACAGUAGCUAAAACGCAAGAACUCUCCGAGCAGUGUUGUCCUUGAUGUCUGAAGGGCAGACUGACCCAGACUCCUCUCCGGAGCAGCAUCUAAUUGUGCUGUGCGCUGCUGUCGUGUCAAACUUGGAAAGUGUUUGUUCGUGAAUUGCAUUCUCAUUUAAGACACAAAGUCCUUCGGGAAGGUGCCACAGCUGUCGUAAUAACGCUCGUGCUGACGCUUCUGUAGAAGUGAGAUGUGUUUCAGAGCCAGUCUGAUGUUGUGGAGAGGUCCGAGGAUUACUAACCGCGCGUCACGCGCAUCCGGUGUCGAAUAAAUAGACGAUUUACGCUUUGAGUAGCAGCAAGUAACACAUCGCCUCCGGAGAGGUCAUCGAGUUCCGUCGAGAAUUUUUUUUAGAUAUAGUCGUGAGCUGAUUUUGGAGGGAGAGCGCAUCUGACCUCGAGGAAAUUUAGUUUCGUGGAGAUUUUGGAUAUUGUUGCAUAUCUCGCUUCUUUUACAAGUCAGCUUGACUGUGUGUGUCUGCUGAAUCAGGAGCAGUUUCUCUGAGAGUGACAGGGCUCUUUGGAUUGAGGACUUAAACACUGGGGCUGAUGGCUGCUUCCUCCUCCUCCUCCUCCUCCUCCUCCUCUUCUGGCGGAGAUCCGGAUCCCAACUCGACAAAUUUACGGCCACCCUCCUCAAACUAUGACUGGAGUGGAGUCGCUCAUGGAUGCACGAGGAAACUUGGGAUGAAGAUAUGCGGAUUUUUGCAGAAGAACAAUAAUGUGGACGACAAGAGUCGAAUUGUCGGGUUUAUUAACGAACAGCAGCCCAAGAGCAUCUUGACACGGGACAACGCGCGAGACGCUCGCUUCAGACGCGCAGAGACGGACUUCUCCAAUCUGUAUGCGCGAGAUCUGCUUCCUGCUAAGAAUGGAGAGGAGUAUACGAUGCAGUUCCUGCUGGAGGUGGUGGACAUCCUCACUAACUAUGUGCGCAAGACCUUCGACAGAUCCACAAAAGUGCUGGACUUCCAUCAUCCGCACCAGCUGCUGGAGGGAAUGGAGGGCUUCAACCUAGAUCUGUGUGAUGAGCCCGAGAGUCUGGAGCAGAUCCUGGUGGACUGCAGGGACACGCUCAAAUACGGCAUCCGCACCGGUCACCCAAGGUUUUUUAACCAGCUGUCUUCAGGUCUAGACAUCAUUGGUUUAGCUGGAGAGUGGUUGACUUCUACUGCCAACACUAACAUGUUCACAUAUGAGAUUGCACCAGUGUUUGUACUGAUGGAACAGCUCACCCUGAAGAAAAUGCGAGAGAUCAUUGGCUGGCCGAAUGGAGAGGGCGAUGGCAUUUUCUCACCAGGAGGAGCGAUCUCAAACAUGUACAGCUUGAUGGUGGCACGGUAUAAACACUACCCUGAGGUUAAAAUCAAAGGCAUGGCAGCGGCUCCCAGAUUGGUGCUGUUCACCUCUGAACAUAGUCACUACUCUAUAAAGAAGGCCAGUGCAGUGUUGGGAUUCGGCACAGAGAAUCUGAUCUUGCUGAAGACAGAUGAGAGAGGUAGAGUGAUUCCGGCUGAUCUGGAGGCCAAAGUCAUUGAUGCCAAACAGAAGGGGUUUGUGCCAGUGUUUGUGAACGCUACAGCUGGAUCUACAGUGUAUGGAGCCUUUGAUCCAAUCAAUGAGAUCGCUGACAUCUGUGAGAAAUACAACAUCUGGCUUCAUGUGGAUGGAGCAUGGGGUGGAGGUUUGCUGAUGUCUAGAAAACACAGACACAAGCUGAAUGGCGUAGAGAGAGCAAACUCUGUCACAUGGAACCCACACAAGAUGAUGGGCGUUCCUCUACAGUGCUCCGCCAUUCUGGUCCGAGAGAAGGGUCUUCUUCAGGGCUGUAACUCCAUGUGUGCAGGAUAUCUCUUUCAGCCGGAUAAGCAGUAUGAUGUCACCUAUGACACAGGGGACAAGGCCAUACAGUGUGGCCGUCAUGUAGACAUCUUCAAAUUCUGGCUCAUGUGGAAGUCAAAGGGCACUAUAGGCUUUGAGAAGCACAUUGACAGAUGUCUGGAGCUGUCUGAGUAUCUCUACCACAAGAUAAAGAACCGGGAAGGAUAUGAGAUGGUGUUUGAAGGGGUGCCCCAACACACUAAUGUGUGUUUCUGGUACAUUCCUCCAAGCCUGAGGCUUCUGCCAGAUGGAGAGGAGAAAAGACAACGACUUCAUAAGGUUGCUCCCAAGAUCAAGGCAAUGAUGAUGGAGUGUGGAACAACAAUGGUGGGCUACCAGCCUCAAGGCAAUAAGGUCAACUUCUUCAGAAUGGUUGUCUCUAAUCCGGCUGUUACCAGGUCUGACAUUGACUUCCUGAUCGAUGAGAUAGAAAGACUGGGCCAGGAUUUAUAGAGUGCACAGGGUUGGAUAUUCAGUAGAUGUUAGUAAAUUCUGUAGAAAUAUAGGAAACGGAGAAGAUGUUUUGAAGCAAUGUAUCAGCUGGACAUUCCAGAGUAUUAGACCAAUGAGGUGCUCUAGAAUAAUGAACCUCUCUGAUGUUCUAGAAUGUUCCACUAAGAAACUGGACAUUCCAGAAUGCAGAGGUGGUGAGCUCUUAAAGCUAUAAUUUCAUAAUGAAGGAUCAGAUUUCCUCCUAUGACAUUAUAUGUCCUCUCUUCUUCCCUUCCCCCUGUUCUCUUGUCUCAUGUCUAUUGUGUUCUUUCUAUUGUAACACGUAUAAGGUUCCAUUUCUGGUUAACUACAUUUGUUGACAUGAACUGAUAUUGCCAAAAUACUUAAUGCAUAUAUUAAUCUUACUUUGUUAUUUUUAAUAUUUACAAAUACAUCCAAAAUUAUUUAAUGGACCUGAGCUAACUUUAAUUAGCAAUGAGCAGUUGUAUAUUUAUGAACUAAGGUUAACAAAGAUUGAUAAAUACGGUUAUAUUAUAACAGUAUAUUAUAUAUGUCAUAUUAAUAAAUAGUGCAAAUACUUUGCUCAUUACUUAAUGUCAAAUACUUGAUCCUGAUAGACUGAAGAAUGUUUUAGAGUUUUACACUGAAAACUGAAAAGCUGCAUGUCUUUCUCAGUAGUGAUAUGGUAGCGUUGCUGUUCUUGAAGCCGUUAAACUUACAGUCCUUACAUCAGCACCUUAGGUGUGCAUUAUUUUAUAAUAAUUCAAGUGUCCAUUUUCAAUUAUUCAAUAUUCAGUUCAUUAACUCAUGUUAAGUGAUGAAACCUUGUUGUAGAGUGUUACCCUUUAUUUUAACAGGAAAUAUCAUCCUAUAGAGCACAACUGUACAUUUAAGAAAUGUUCAUGGUUCAGUUCAAAUUAAGCUCUAUGACAGUGUCUGUGAUAAAAAGAAAAAAAAAAACUGUCCCUUUCUACAAAUAAAAGAAAAUAGUUCUUACAGUAUUGCUUUCUCAGUGGAAAUGUAACAGGCAAGGCAUUGGAGUAGCAAUACCUCACUGUAUCAAAGUCACAGUCACAAUUACAAUAGAGAAACCUGCAGUUCAAAUAUCAUAAGAUAAGCACUUUAUUAAACAACUGAGACUGACUUUUUUGUUUCGCUUUGCCCCAUAGACAUCCACUGUAAAUGCAUUAAACACAAUAUUUUUGUUCAGACUGAGGGACAUAGAGCAUAAUGUUUCAACUGUGAACAUUUCCUUUAAAAUCCAGUUAACUAAUCUGAAUUCUCGAUAAAAAAAAGUUUAAGAAUAUACAGUAGUAUACCACUAUCUAAGAGCCAUCUGGACCGUCCGUGUGAUUGCACAAAUGCAUAACUUCUUAGCUGUUAUGUCCUGAAGAUUAACUGAAGUAUGUACCAUUGUACCAAGUACUGUAUUGACACACUGUUGUGUUUUUAGAAUUUAUGACUCUUUGUGUAAAUUGUGAUUGUUUGUGACAAACAUAUAUCACAUAGUUUUACAGUAAGAAAUGUUUGAAUAGUGGUAAAGAUAUUAUUCUCUCCCAAGUAUUUUCAUUUGUAUUUUGAGAUACAGUAUACAUCUAUAUUAUUUAAAACAGUGCAUUAGAGAUUUUAAUUCAUUUAUCAACCAAAGACAUAAAACAAAAAUUCUAACUCUGCUACAUUAUAUGGCCAGAAGUAUGUGAACAUCCCAUUCUAAUGAAUGGAUUUUGCUAUUCCUGUACCUCCAGUGAAGAAACAUUUCAAUGCUACACCAUAAUACCCGUCUAGAGAAGCGGUGGUGCCCAAAACAGGGUCCACAUAUGGUUUACUAAGUCUGGUGGGGAAGACGUGAACCCCACUAAAAACUACUUUUCCAGACCCCCUCACCCAACAUCAGUGCCUUUGGCCAUAUAGUGUAUCUAAAUGAAUGUCUAUCCUAAGAUAUCAAUAUAACAAAGCAUUUUCUAACCAUAGUGCAAUGAAUGCUGUAGUUGAGAUUUAGUCAAUGGUAUUCAUGAAUUAUUACAAAAAAAAGGAACUUUAAAAAGGGAAGAAAAAAAUCAAAAAUAAAGUCUCUUAGCUUUUGUUAAGAGAAAAGCACAGCGACGUCACAGCGAUGAUCCUCCAGAAAGGGGAAUGUAUUUUAUUAGCAGCUAUAUUUGUAGUAUUAGUAAGUUUAAUUUCUUCAAUAUAGACCAAACACAAUUUAACAUUCCUAAAUCAACAAACUAUGCUAAUAUUUUGUGGACGCUUUGCUUACUUUAGUCUGCACAUUAGAUGUAAAGCUAAUGAUCUCUAGCUUGAAGUGCCUGAGUGUGUACUAACUACAAAAUGUGCAUUUUAACUGGCUUGCAGUACUGUAUGUGCAAUAUCACUGUUCACUGUUACCAGUAGAAAUAAACACUCAGCUUGAAAAA